GUGUAAACUGAAUCACUUCGUCGGAGUACUUACAAGUUUGUGUACUUUGACGUCAGAUAUGGAGGGAGCCAUACCACUAGUGCAAUUAUUUUGCAUAUUGACAUUGGUCAUAGGUGAAAUGCUGACCGCUGCCUACAUGAUCGAAGAGCCGACGGUUCACGCCGUUUCCACUGACCAAACCGACGUCCGUACUGAUCAGCUCGUAAUGUUGACAAAACGAAUGGACGAGUUGGAACAAUUGCGCGCCAAAGAUGUGAACGAACUAAAUUUACAUGUACAGGAACUUUCAGAAUUACACGAAAAUGAUGCGCGCGUAUUCACCCAACUAAACCAAGAGGUUGAAGAGCAGAAACGUUUACGCAUCAAAGAUUUGAAUCUGAUAACAAUGCUGACUGACAGAAUAGGGCAGUUAGAGCGUCAAUGUGGAAACGAUGAACAAACCGAGAACGAUCCCUCCAAGCAGACACAAGUUCCGCCUCGUGACGAGAGUCUGUAUUACAACACAAGUGAUGUGACCUUACCUUCUCCCGCUGCGCCAACACUCGACGAUAUGACGAAAAAUGAGGAGGAUUUGCCGACACACCUAGCUGACACAUCGAGCUCUGGAGCCAUAAGAGGUCGAGGUCGGAUCCAAUCCAAAAACCGCGGAAGGAUUACUCGAGUCCCCUCUGACGACAUUGUGGCGUUCCAUGCUAUCCUGACACACACAAUCUACGAUCCAUCUAUAAAACACGUGGUAGUUUUUGACCAAAUCGUCACUAACAGCGGGGGAGUCCACUACAGUCCCAACACCGGCGUAUUUACCUGCACACAGUCUGGAGUUCACGUCUUCUCUUGGGCGAUAGCUGUACCGAGUAACCAGUAUGUGUUUACUGAUUUAGUAAGGAACAAUGUCGUCGUCGGGUCUGGUCGAACUGGCCAAGCAGUGGACGAUAGUGCGGCAUCUGCUACUGCCGCUACAUACCUAGAGGUCGGAGAUGAGGUUUGGGUACAUGUUACUGCCCACGGGAGCGGAUCUGACAUAUAUCGCAUCAGGUCAAUGUUCACUGGUUUUCGCCUGAAUUGAUUGUAAGCUGGACAUACUUUUCUUUUUCUGAAAAAAUGUUUGGGACCAUGACAUAUAUCUUGUUUUUUGUUAAAUUCAAAGUUCCAAUUUUCUUCUUACGAAAUAAAGGAAUUAAAAAUCAAAGCAUGCAUGAUGUAUACUAUUGCUUUUUUGCAAGACUAGGUGUAUUUUGGAAAUGUGUGA